ACAAGAAAAUUUCUUGGGUAACAGUGAAAAGGAAUAAAUAGAUAAUGGCAACCAUCUCUCUCUCCUAAUUCUCCUAAUAACGAAUGGCCACACACCUUCUCUCUUUCUCUCUCUCUCUCUCUAAGACUCAAUUAUUAAACACAUAACAUGACUACUUUGUAUCUUAGCACUUGGAUAGGAAUAUCUGUGUUGAGGUGUUAUUCUUUUCAUCCCCUCCUUAACUCUUCGUUCAUUUCUUUCUCUUCUCUUCUCUUCUUUUCUUCAUUUCAAGUCCGACUACCGAUCAUGAGGUUUUAGAGAUGAUGGCUUCAACUGGUAAUAGAGUUAUGGAUCAAAGUAAGCAGACAGCAGCAGCAGCAAUAUUAACAAGUAAUAUUAAUCAGCAAGCAGGGGAUAGCAAUAAUAAUCCAAGAGCAGUACAAAGAUGCCCUCGUUGUGAUUCUUCAAACACAAAAUUCUGUUACUACAACAAUUACAGUUUGUCUCAACCUCGUCAUUUCUGCAAAGCUUGUAAACGUUACUGGACAAGAGGUGGUACUUUACGUAACGUCCCGGUGGGUGGCGGUUGUCGUAAAAACAAAAGAAUCAAGAAACCUAAUUCAUCAUCAAUAUCAGCAACAACACAGAGUCAUCAUAAUAACCGUGAUCAGAUAAUUGGGAUAUCUAAAGCUGCCGCAACUUCCACAAGUCAUCAUGGUACUUCUUUAUUCUACAGCAACUUACCAAGUAAUCAAUUAUCUGAUAUAAAUAACCUUACGAUUCCUAGGUCACCGCCAUCUUUUGUUUUUUCAAGAGAAACCAAUAAUGGUUAUGAUAAUAUUCUUCAACCUCAAUUCGGUGGUUUGGGUUUGAAUUUCUCUUCUACAUAUUUAAGUAGUAGCGGUGCAAAUAUUAACGGUUAUAAAAAUGUAUUUAAUCCUAUCAGUACUAGUUCGAAUUCGCUUCUUUCAAAUUUUUCGUUAUUCGGAACUACUUCAACUACUUCGCCAACAACGUUAGUAACUUCAGGUCUUGAGAAUCAAAAAUUGAGUUGGGGUGGUGUGAAAGAAAGUACCAGCAUACCUACUGGUAAUACUCAUUAUCAAGAUUUACCAUUUGAAGUGGGAGAGAAUGAUUCAAGAACGGUUAGUGUUAAAGUUGCAGAGUCAGUGAAAAUUGAAGAUGGGAAUAACAAAAACAAAUUGGGUUGGAAUUCUCCUUUUGAUCAGAACUCAUCGUUGAUGAAUGAUCAACAAAAUAAUAUGAACGGUUCUUCUGACAAUAAUUCUACUAUCUUUUGGAAUUCUUUGAGUGUUGGUGGUGGUGGUGGUACCACUAAUUGGUCUGACGAUCUUUAUGGAUCGACAGUGUCACUCGAUCCUUUGAUCUGACUAACGGAAGGAAAAUUCAUUUGUGACUACAUCCUCUUUAACUCUUUUCUUUCUUUCUUCCGUCUAGCAUGCGUUUUUUAGCUUGCUAGAUAGAUCCUUUUCUUUUCUUUUCUUUUCCUUUCUCUUUGUAGUCAUCAAGUUCGCGGAUACGACACAGGGUGGGGAUACAGAAGAAUUGGCAUUGGAAAAUAUAAUGAGCGGCGGAAGGACUUCGGAUCGAGUGUUUGUGUCAGUAUAUAGAAAAUACUACAUGACACAGCUAGCUGGUAUUUUAAUUCACCAUGGUUGAUGAGUUUUUUUUGUUUACCUCUUUUUUACUACGAGAGGAUCCUCGGUCAGAUCCUCUUCAUUUAUAUCAUCUUACUUAGAUGAUCGAUAUCCAUCUAUAUUCAUCACGUGGAUCGUCGGCAACAACAUAUAUUAGCUUUGAUCAAGGAAGAGUGUUUUCAAGAGAUUUUAUAUAUUAAUUAAUAAGUUUUUGACCAGUAUUAAUAUUAAUUCUAGUAUGUAAAUAUGCAUGACAUUGCCCUUUAAUUUGUUUUGAUAAUAAUGUAUUUGCCAAUCGAGGUUUUAUUUGGAGAUACAUUGGGAUCAUACAUGUUUUAGUCCUCAAAGAAGAAAAUAUCAAAUGAGGAACUAAUGAUUUUUUUGGGUUUUUUGAGUGUUUUUUUCUUUCUUCUCUUGGUAUUUUUGGUGAAGGGAGAAAAAUGGGGUGUUAAUUUGGUAUAGCAAUAUUAUGGACUUUAUUGUUUAAUUUAUGUGGUUUUGAUUAAUGCAUCA